AGUCUCUGCGAAGCUGCGGCGGCGACUCUUUGGUCCCGGGGAAUAUGGCGGUGCCGGAGCCGGAGGGUUAGCGCGAGUGCAGGCCGUCACCGCCCGAUCGGCUUGGCGCACGGGCCAGCGAGGAGCCAGUGACAUCCGUGGCGUGGGGCGGGCAGCAUAAUGGACCUAGCUUACGUCUGCGAGUGGGAGAAAUGGCCCAGGAGCACCCUCUGCCCUUCGGUGCCCCUGGCUUGUGCCUGGUCCUGCCGCAACCUCAUCGCCUUCACCACGGACCUCCGGAAUGAUGAUCAAGACCUGACCCGCAUGAUCCACAUCCUGGACACGGAACACCCCUGGGAUGUGCACUCCAUCGACUCGGAGCACCGCGAGGCCAUUACCUGCCUCGAGUGGGACCAGUCAGGCUCCCGGCUCCUGUCAGCUGACGCUGAUGGGCAGAUCAAGUGCUGGAGCAUGGCGGACCACCUGGCCAAUAGCUGGGAGAGCCCAGUGGGAAGCCUGGUGGAGGGGGAUCCCAUUGUGGCCCUGUCCUGGCUGCACAAUGGAGUGAAGCUGGCCCUGCAUGUGGAAAAAUCAGGCGCCUCCAGCUUCGGUGAGAAGUUCUCCCGUGUCAAGUUCUCGCCGUCACUCACGCUGUUUGGUGGCAAGCCCAUGGAGGGCUGGAUAGCAGUGACGGUCAGCGGCCUGGUCACCGUAUCCCUGCUCAAGCCCAGCGGGCAGGUGCUGACAUCAACCGAGAGCCUGUGCCGGCUGCGCGGCCGCGUGGCCCUGGCCGACAUCGCCUUCACGGGCGGCGGGAACAUCGUGGUGGCCACGGCGGACGGCAGCAGCGCCUCACCCGUGCAGUUCUACAAGGUGUGUGUGAGCGUGGUCAGUGAGAAGUGCCGCAUCGACACCGAGAUCCUGCCCUCGCUCUUCAUGCGCUGCACCACUGACCUCAACCGCAAGGACAAAUUCCCUGCCAUCACCCACCUCAAGUUCCUGGCCCGCGACAUGUCGGAGCAGGUGCUGCUGUGCGCCUCCAGCCAGACCAACAGCCUCGUGGAGUGCUGGUCCCUGCGGAAGGAGGGGCUCCCCGUGAACAACAUCUUCCAGCAGAUCUCGCCCAUGGUUGGUGACAAGCAGCCCAUGAUCCUCAAGUGGCGGAUCCUGUCGGCCACCAAUGACCUGGACCGUGUUUCGGCUGUGGCGCUGCCCAAGCUGCCCAUCUCGCUCACCAACACCGACCUCAAGGUGGCCAGCGACACUCAGUUCUACCCUGGCCUUGGGCUGGCCCUGGCCUUCCACGACGGCAGCGUCCACAUUGUCCACCGCCUCUCCCUGCAGACCAUGGCCGUCUUCUACAGCUCCGCAGCCCCGAGGUCCGUGGACGAGCCGGCCAUCAAGCGCCCUCGGACCUCGGGCCCCGCCAUCCACUUCAAGGCCAUGCAGCUCUCCUGGACCUCACUGGCGCUUGUGGGCAUCGACAACCACGGGAAGCUGAACAUGCUGCGCAUCUCGCCCUCCAUGGGCCACACGCUGGACAUGAGCCUGGCCCUGCGGCACCUGCUGUUCCUGCUGGAGUACUGCAUGGUGACGGGCUACGACUGGUGGGACAUCCUGCUGCACGUGCAGCCCAGCAUGGUGCAGAGCCUGGUGGAGAAGCUGCACGAGGAGUACACGCGCCAGAACGCCGCGCUGCAGCAGGUCUUGUCCACGCGGAUCCUGGCCAUGAAGGCCUCGCUGUGCAAGCUGUCGCCCUGCACGGUGACGCGUGUGUGCGACUAUCACGCCAAGCUCUUCCUCAUCGCCAUCAGCUCCACGCUCAGGUCCCUGCUGCGCCCCCACUUCCUCAACACGCCUGACAAGAGCCCCGGCGAUCGGCUGACCGAGAUCUGCUCCAAGAUCACCGACGUCGACAUCGACAAGGUGAUGAUCAACCUCAAGACGGAGGAGUUUGUCCUGGAUAUGAACACGCUCCAGGCGUUGCAGCAGCUCCUGCAGUGGGUGGGCGACUUUGUCCUCUACCUGCUGGCCAGCCUGCCCAACCAGGGCUCCCCGCUGCGGCCCGGCCACAGCUUCCUGCGAGACGGCACCUCACUGGGCAUUCUGCGUGAGCUCAUGGUUGUCAUCCGCAUCUGGGGCCUGCUGAAGCCCAGCUGCCUGCCCGUGUACACGGCCACCUCAGACACCCAGGACAGCAUGUCUUUGCUUUUCCGCCUGCUCACCAAGCUCUGGAUCUGCUGCCGCGAUGAGGGUCCCACCAGUGAGCCGGAUGAGGCGCUGGUGGAUGAGUGCUGCCUGCUGCCCAGCCAGCUGCUCAUCCCCAGCCUGGACUGGCUGCCUGUCAGUGACGGUCUCAUCAGCCGCCUGCAGCCCAAGCAGCCCCUAAGGCUGCAGUUCGGCCGGGCGCCCACUCUGCCGGGCAGCGCCGCCGCCUCCCAGCUCGACAGCCUUGCCAGGGCACCAGGCCAGCCCAAGAUCGACCACCUCCGCCGGCUGCACCUGGGGGCUUACCCCACUGAGGAGUGCAAGACCUGUACCAGGUGUGGCUGCGUGACCAUGCUCAGAUCACCAAACAAGACGACGGCCGUGAAGCAGUGGGAGCAGCGCUGGAUCAAGAACUGCCUGUGCGGAGGGCUCUGGAGGCGCAUGCCGCUCAGCUGCCCCUGACGUGCGUCCAGGGGCUCGGCGCCUGGCCCUGUGGUUUCCUGGUGGAUGUUAACAAAGGCAGCGUCCUCUCUCUACUCCGUGCCUGUGACGGGCUACUCCACACGCUGUGAGCACCUGCCAGCCUGUGACGAGAUAACCUGGCCUCCAAGGUGGCUGUCGAGCCACGUGAGGUCCGGCGCCUCCAUAACUGGGCAGAGCAAGUGAGGACACAGAGGCUGUGAUUGGCAUCCGAUUGAUGUGAGCCUCGAGAUUUCUCCAUGACCUGCGGCACUUGAACCCGGGAGGCAGCCACCCCGCCCGGUGCAAGGGUCAGCUCAGAGGGUCGGGACUGGCUGGGUGUCUCAUUUCAGUGAGCCCAGGUGACACUGGCCAGGACACCUGCCACCUGUAGCUGGUGGUGCCAGGGCUGCCCCACCAUGUGGUUCUGAGACUUGGCAGGCUGGGCUGGGAAGGGGUGGCCCAAUAAACCGUCC